GUCAGCGACCAGAGAGGGCGAAUCGUUGCACGUUGUACACCUGGCUUGGAGAUGAGGGUUGCACACAUCGCAAUCGGUGGACUCUGCAUGCUUGACUUGACGUCAGGGUUUGUGUUUCCUGCUCCUGCUGUUUCUACAUGUAGGCGCGCUAGGAUGUCCAGCAGCCGCCUGCGUGCUGCCAAUGACGUCAAGGUCACCGUUGAAGGCGUGGUACGGACAGUGGCAUUAGAGGAAGGCGUUUCGAUCCUGGACGGCCUUGAAGCGCAUGACAUCGACGCCCCUCACUCUUGCCGUUCUGGCCUGUGCACCGAGGAACACCAGGGAACACCGGGCAACACUGAGCAAGGUGUGCAGCCAUGGUUACAGCCAAUCUUGACAAUGUCAAGCUAGAGGCGGCAGUACUGGACCCGGAAAUUUCUGCGAGGGGCUUUGUGCUAACGUGCUCUUCGACCGUGGCUGGACCUGGAGUGGAGCUAGAACUGGGUGUAGGGGACAAGAUGUACGAGGCGCAGUACGGUGAAUUGGUGCAAGGCCACAACGAUGCACAAGAAGCCAAACCUGGGAAGUGGAAUCUUCCUUUUCCCGACGUUUCAGGCGCAUGAUCGUUGGCGCUGGAGAACCUUAGCCGAGUUAUGGCUCGCGUUUGCUCAGAGCAACGGGAGGGUUGCGCGAGUUUCUGGUUGUGUGCCUCUCUGGGCGGCCGGGGUCUUUUAAUAGACUUGAAGACAGUCGGAGUCAUAGGUUUCUUCUACUCCGGGCUUGUCUUCUUGCGCUCUCGUGCACAACGCAGUCAUGUUCCGAGUACGGAUCGGUGUUGAUGUUUGCCUAGGGCAUAAUGUACUUGAGUUUUGGGGUUCGCACAGUGAUGUUCUGUGAUGGAUGGAUGUGAUGUUUUUUUCAACCCUUUGUCCCUUGUCUUGAUGGCGGGUUUCAUGUGAUGGGUGUACAACAGGCGUUUAUUGUUUAUUAUGAACAACCAAUGUUGUUGGGGAUUCAAACAUGCUGUUUCUGUCUCAGCAUCGACUUUGCACGUCUGCUUACACCAUUGCCAGAAAAAGUCUCGGUAACGUUUUGAAAUAAUCUGGUAUGCGUGAGAGCAUCUGCUGUUCGUGCC